AUGUCGUCCGAGUGCUCCUACACCGACAUAUUUUGCCCAUUGCUGCCGCGCUUUGACAAUCCACCGAUCACCUUGCUGACCUUCGCAGACCGACUCUACCUAGCGUCUUACAUCAACACACCUACUGCCGAUACCGUCUUCCCUUACCCGGAACAGCGCUCACGAGGCUCCCCCAGCAAGCGAUCGCAGAGAGCGGCCGACGGACCUUCGCCAGCACCAGCCAAAUCCGCCCGACAGGCUCCGUACUACUUCACUGUGGAUGACACCCUCCUCUACAACGCCUUCCACCAUGAUUUCGGCCCACUCCACAUCGGACAUCUGUACCGCUUCGCACUGCAGUUCCAUGAUGUCCUUGGCGCAAAGGAGAAUCAACACCGGCCUAUUGUGUUCUGGAGUCGCGCAGACCCGAGGAGCCGCGCGAACGCUUCUUGCUUGUUGGCAUGUUACAUGGUUCUGAUCCAGUCGUGGCCGCCUCAUCUGGCCCUCGCACCGAUAGCCCAGGUCGACCCUCCCUUGAUGCCGUUCCGUGACGCAGGUUACAGCCAGGCGGAUUACGGCAUCACCGUUCAGGAUAUUGUUUAUGGUGUCUGGAAGGCCAAAGAGGAGGGAUGCUGUGCUUUGGACAACUUCGACCUCGAUGAGUACGAGAGAUUCGAGCGAGUCGAGCACGGCGACUUCAACUGGAUUACUCCUGACUUUCUGGCGUUCGCUUCUCCCCAGCACAGCCCGGUUGCUCGCAUUACCGAGUCUUCAGAGUCAUUUGCCUCGCUGCCCAGGACCAUCCCGGAGGUCGACAUCCACCCAAGCCUGCCUCAGCCAUUCAAGAACGUGCUGAAGCACUUCUCCGAGCGGGAAAUCGGGCUUGUCGUUAGACUCAACUCCCCCCUGUACUCUCCGUCCUUUUUCGAGUCUAUGGGCAUUCAGCACCUUGACAUGAUUUUUGAGGACGGCACUUGCCCUCCCCUGAGCACUGUUCGGAAGUUCAUCAGGCUUGCGCACGAGACCAUCACGGUCAAGAAGAAGGGCAUCGCUGUUCACUGCAAAGCUGGUCUUGGCAGAACCGGGUGCUUGAUUGGGGCAUACUUGAUAUACCGCCAUGGUUUCACCGCCAACGAGAUCAUCUCUUUCAUGAGAUUCAUGCGCCCGGGUAUGGUUGUCGGUCCUCAGCAGCAUUGGCUACACAUCAACCAGGGGAUCUUCCGUGAAUGGUGGAUUGAAGAGAGAGUAGAGCGGAAGCUCAGAGAGAAGCUGGCUGCAAACCCGCAGCCUAGCACGCCAAUUCGGGCCAUGCAGAAGACAACAAUAGGUCGAAAUGUCCGGACCUCGACUCCUCCAAGCCGGAGCCCAUCGAAUCGCACACCUCUGGGCGAGAUGGAUGAGGAAAGACGAAAUGGCAGCAUCCAAGAAGACUACCUGCCCGCACCGACCCCAGGCCAACCAAGGAAGACCAGCCGGGCUGACCGACACCACCCCUACCAACGCAGCCAGGUCCACGGGCAGUCCAUCGACGAAGAGGAGCAGGGCAAUGGGGAGAACACGGAGGUGAUCUCUGUCCACAGAAGAUCCAACGAUGCCGAAUCGGAGGAAGAAUGGAUGCUACGCAUGCGCACACACCGAAAGUCAUCGCAGUCCCCAGGUCGCAGCGAGAAGCGGUCCUACAGCCAUACCACGACCACGACGAUCUAUUCCUCGGUUAUCGACAACGACGCUUCCAACGAUGCUGAGAAUGUCGGUAGCGGGCGGCCCAAGACCGUCGCAGAUCAUGUCGCAGCCUCGCCAACCCGGUCAGCUAGUGCCUCGGGUGUCCUGACCAAAGUGAGGAGCAGCAAGCGAUCCAACGAGUCUUCGCGGAGCAAGGAGUCGGCGGGCGUGCGAAAGACAAGUGGCCGCGUUGGCAGCGUCAACGCGACGCCCAGUGCGACGGCGCGCAAGGUCUCGGCGAAGUAG